CCAUCAUGUUUUUGUCAAUCGCUCCACCAUUAAUGGACUUUGAGGAUGAGCUGUUAUGGAUCAAUCCGUCAAGCAGCGAAAAUCUAAAUGUUUUAUAUGACAAAUCAAAUUACGUUACUCCAAACACAAAACUGUUAAUUGAACAAGCUUUUAUUCAGCCAUUAAGUCUUCAAGAUCAACAAAUUUUAUUUGAUGAUUUACUAAAGCAAAAUAGAAAUAUUGCGCAUCAAUAUGGAUUGACACCAGCUAAGCUUCCUCAACUAGUUGAGAACAAUCCGCUUAUUUCUAUUGAAAUAUUACUGAGACUAAUGUUGAAUACCGACAUUACGGAAUAUUUUAACAUACUUGUCAAUAUGGAUAUAACUUUACACUCUAUGGAAGUCGUGAAUAGAUUGACAACAUCCUGUCCCUUGCCAACUGAAUUCAUUCAUUUGUAUAUUAGCAAUUGUAUUUCAACAUGCGAAACUGUCAAAGACAAAUAUAUGCAAUCCCGUUUGGUCCGAUUAGUAUGCGUAUUUCUUCAAUCGUUAAUUCGCAACAAAAUUAUAAAUGUUAAGGAACUGUUUAUAGAAAUUGAAGCAUUUUGCGUUGGAUUUAGUAAAAUUAAAGAAGCCGCUGCUCUAUACCGACUAAUAAAACAUUUGGAGUCAGGCGACACAAUUCAAACAACAAAUUCGUUAUCUAAAUGAGUACAAGCAAUUACAAUAAAUCAAAUAUUAAAAAAAAAAACUGGUUUUGAUGCAUGCUAAAAUCGUUUCAAUGGAAAAACUAUGGACAGAAACUAGACUAAAGUUUAAAGUUUAUAUCACAAAAACACUCUAUUAUGAAUGUGCUAUUAACAAUGUCGAGUUAACGACAACGAUAUAAAUCAAUAUAAGUUAGAUUCACUUUACACUCGCAAGUAAA